UUUUGGCAACAUUUAAUGGAAGAUUGUCAGAAUAUACAUUAUAGAUCUGAUUUUGACAUCAUGUCUAAAAUAGCAGAAACACCAGAAGGAAAUUCAAAUAAAAGCAACCCAGAGACGUCAAAUAAAGAUGCUGAAAAUACCGAAGAACAGAAUAUUUCGAAACUAAAGAAAUCUGUAUGCCCACAAGCAGAACAGAUUCUUAAAAUUGCCUUUGCAAUUUUUCUUUUUAUCCUGACGUUUGCAAGUGGAUUUAUAGGAAGGAUAACAUUGCAUAUAUUAAUAUGGCACAUCAAUCCACCAAUAGAAUCCCACGUCUCAAAUAUCAAUACUCUUGGAGGUCUACUGGAACCAAACUGCGCAUGUGUCAGCGGAACAUCAUGCAUAGUAAAUACUCAUUAUACUGCUGUUGACGAAUCGUGGAUCUGGGCAGUGUUCCUGGUUGUAAUUGCACCAUAUUGCUUAACGUUUCUGUCUACAUUUUCUAGAAUCUGCUUCAAAUCAAAUAAAGAAUUAGAAUGGAAAGUACUUAUGGUACUCAUCGUUAUUGAAACCCUUCAUUCAGUUGGACUCUCGAUACUGGGAUUUCUUGUGCUACCUGCAUUUGAUCCAGCUUCUUCGUCAGUCGUUUAUUUAGCAGUUUGUGGGAUACCGCCGAUAUUAGAUCUAAUUAAUAUUAUGGCCAUGCAACUUAAUAGAAAAUCUUCUGGAACGAAUUCAGAAUCAAAACGUCAAAAUCCUGCAGCUAAAACGAAGGAACAGUCAUCAUAUCGAACGGAUAAUGAGGCAACGGAUACUACGAAAACGAAUGAACAGACUUCAAAUGGCACGAAUGCAGAAUCAAAACGUCAAAAUCCUUCACAUGAAACGAACGAACAGCCAUCAUAUGGACCGCAUAAUGAGGCAACGGAUACUACGAAAACGAAUGAACAGACUUCAAAUGGCACGAAUUCAGAAUCAAAACAUCAAAAUCCUUCACAUGAAACGAACGAACAGCCAUCAUAUGGACCGGAUAAUGAGGCAACGGAUACUACGAAAACGAGUGAACAGACUUCAAAUGGCACGAAUUCAGAAUCAAAACGUCCAAAUCCUUCACAUGAAACGAACGAACAGCCAUCAUAUGGACCGGAUAAUGAGGCAACGGAUGCUACGAAAACGAAUGAACAGACUUCAAAUGGCACGAAUUCAGAAUCGAAACGUCAAAAUCCUUCACAUGAAACGAACGAACAGCCAUCAUAUGGACCGGAUAAUGAGGCAACGGAUACUACGAAAACGAAUGAACAGACUUCAAAUGGAACGAAUUCAGAAUCAAAACGUCAAAAUCCUUCACAUGAUACGAAUGAACAGCCAUCAUAUGGACCGGAUAAUGAGGCAAUCGGUCAACAGACUACAGCCGAGAAUAACCCCAAAAAUGAGAAUACACAUGGAGAAAGUUCAAGGGAAGGAACUGCAUGUAAAGGAGAUUCUACAUUUACUCUAUGUAAUAAAACAUCAAAACUAUCCUUUGCAUUACCAUUCGCAGGGUUAAUAUUGCAUGCUGCAGGCAUUAUUCUUAUAACGAUUUACAUUAAUAUUGGAACAAUGAUUGCUUCAUUUUUGCUUUCAGUACUACUUAUCUCAAUGAAAUACUGGGAAAACUUUAUCACCAUGGGUUCACACGACUCAAAAUUUGCUUGCCGCUUGAAACGAGAACUACAUAAAAGAAGAACUAAGACUACAUGUAUAGUCAGUCUUUGGAAAAUACUAAUUACUUUUUGUGCAGUCAUCGUGGUAUUUGUCAGUAGGGGGAGCGAUUCAAUGGCUGCAUUGAAAGCGUUAUUUAACAAUGGAAUGACGACCAUGAAUACCGUCUUUGGAGAGCAACAAUUUGGAUUCAAUCCGGUUUGCCAAACGAAUGUGCCAUUUUUAACGGCUUUUAUUUGUAUAAUGUGUAACUAUCUUUGUUAUAAGACAUCAAAAACAGUAUGCGUAAUCAACUGCCAAAGGUUUUGCUUCAGUCUACCGAUAAUGAUGCUACCACCUGUGGUUACUAUUGUAAUGGGAGGCCUGAUGAAUCAACCAGAUAUUUUAAAAUUAGAGUCAUGUGAUCUAUUUUUUUCUGACUGGUGUAUCAAAGAUAGUAGUCGAUUAUCUGAAAAUUGCACAGAAUUACUUGCAGCAUUUGUUCUGCUGUUUAUAUCUAUUCUUCUCAUCACAAGACAUGUCUGGAAAUCAGAUGGCCGGAAAAAUGGAGAAACUGCAAGGAUAUUUGUUUCACCAUUUUACUGUGGAAUGUUUACUGAGCUGUCCUUGUUACUGAAUCGUAGAAGAGAUGAUGACGAAUAUGACAUUGUUCACCGUGAAAAGUUUUUAUUACAGAAAUCAGGUGAAGAAAAAAAGAAGAGGAGAAUACUCUAUGCUUGUUGUGCCACAAUGUGGCAUGAAAAUGCGGCUGAAAUGAGACAGCUGGUAACAUCUAUUUUAAGGUUAGACUUGCGACAGAGUAUAAACAAAUUUAUGGAAGAAGAUUUAAAGGAAAAUGUCGAGACAUUUGAUUUAGAAGCUCAUGUAUUUUUUGAUGAUGCAUUUUUACAACCAACGGACACACAAAGUCAAAGAAGAGAAAUGAAUACAUAUGUUAAAACCUUCAUACAAGAAUUGAGUGAUGCUACCAGGGAUUUUUAUGAAAAACAAAUUGAAUUACCAGACGGCGGUAUGCUUAGAACUCCUUAUGGUUCUAGGAUUGAAUGGACACUUCCUGGAGAGAAUAAAAUGUUCGUUCAUUUGAAAGACAAGACAAAAGUUCGAAACAAGAAGCGCUGGAGUCAGGUUAUGUAUAUGCUGUACAUUUUGAAAUGGAAAAUACCACGGAUUCUAAAACCCGAAAAAAACUACAACAGUUCAGAAACCAAACGCAAGAAAGAAAUUGAUAAAAAGAAAGGAAAGUUAAAUAAAACGAAAGAAGAGUUAGAAAGAAAGUUAAAAAGAAAGUUAGAAAGAAAGAAACAAAUCCAGGAAAUAGCUGAAAAUACCUUCCUACUAGCUCUUGAUGGAGAUGUUGACUUCCAACCAGAGGCUGUACUAAGUUUAAUGAGACGAAUGGAAAAGAACGAUAAAGUAGGGGCAGCAUGUGGCAGAAUUCAUCCCAUUGGAAAUGGUCCUAUGGUUUGGUAUCAACAGUUUGAAUAUGCUAUAAGUCAUUGGCUUCAGAAGGCAACUGAACACGUGAUUGGUUGUGUCUUAUGUAGUCCUGGCUGUUUCAGUUUGUUCCGAGGUUCUGCAAUAUUACAACACGAAGUACUUGAGACAUAUACUUCAGUUGCACAAGAAGCAAGACAGUGUUUGCAGUAUGAUCAAGGCGAAGAUCGAUGGUUAUGCACUCUGCUUCUUCAAAAAGGAUGGAAAAUUGAAUAUUGUGCAGAAUCAGAUUCGCAUACAUUUGCUCCCGAAUCGUUUAAUGAAUUCUACACCCAACGUAGACGUUGGACACCUUCAACUAUGGCCAACAUCUUAGAAAUUAUUCAAGACUGGAAAAAUGUAACCAAAAAUAAUGAAAAUAUAUCCUUCCUGUACAUUGUGUAUCAAUUCAUUUUGUUUGUUUCCACAAUUCUAACACCAGGAACAAUAUUCAUGAUUAUCUUGGGAGCAUUAAUUGUUGGAUUUGAGAGCAUUCCGCCAUGGUUAGCACUUAUCUUAAACCUCAUUCCAGUAAUAGUGUUUAUAUUGAUGUGCCUGUAUACCUCAACUGAACGUCAGUUGCAAAUGGCCGCCGUAUUAUCUUGCAUAUACGUGAUUGUAAUGGUUGUUGUUAUGAUCGGAGUAGUACGAGACGCCAUACUUGAGGGUUUGUGCUCAACGACAACCAUUUUUAUAAUGUUUGUGGCUGGAGUGUUUGUCAUAUCAGCUAUUCUUCACCCAAAGGAGAUCCUCUGCAUUCUUCCUGGGUUGCUAUAUUUUUUGGCCAUACCUUCAAUGUCUAUGUUGAUGUUUCUGUUUUCAAUUGGUAAUCUUCAUGUCACGUCAUGGGGGACACGAGACACCGAAACGAAAAAGAAGCCAGACGAUAAAGCAAGCACAGAGCAGAUAAAUGGGAAAAAUGACGCUGAAUAUCUUUGUUCGUUUGGAAAGAUUGUUUGUUGUGCGAUAUCCCCUUCGAAACCAACCUUAACCCUUACCAAAAUCAAUAGUAGAAAACGAUUCUUAUAG